AUGUCCCUCCCCUCAAACAUUCACGUCUCCACCCAUCCCUGCCUUCAGGCAAAGCUCUCCCAGCUCCGCUCGGCCAACACCAGCCCACGCGAAACAAGAGCACUCAUCCAUGAGAUCUCAUCGAUAAUCGGCGUCGAGGCAUUUGCAAAGGGACUCACUGUGACGAAGACGGGGACGGAUCGUACCCCGCUCGGUGCUGAGUAUGAGACACAAGGCAUUGACCCGGCGGAUUUGGCACUUGUGCCGAUUCUAAGGUCGGGGCUGGGCAUGGUUGAGGGUUUGUUCAUUCUUUUACUUGACUAUUCGGUUCUCUUUCUAUGGCUAUGGUCUUUUUCAUUAUCCAGCAUAUACCCCGCAGCUGGCUUCUGGCAACUAACAAAAACAGCCAUGAACUCCCUCCUCCCAACCGCCGUCCCAAUCUAUCAUUUAGGUCUUUUCCGUGAAAAGAUUACCCUCCAACCCGUAGAAUAUUACAACAAUCUCCCCUUCCACCGCAACGAACUUUCACCGCAAAGUCCUGCGCUCCUGGAUCCGUCUGCUGCUACGACGAACACAGCUGCGGCGACGCUGGCGGUGCUACUUGAUCCUAUUAUUGCGACGGGUGCUACGGCCGAGGCCGCUAUACAUCUGUUGCGGGAGUGGGGUGUGCAGAGGGUUAUAAUGUUGAGCGUGCUUGCUUCGGAAGAGGGGAUUCAGCGGGCUGCGGGGACUUGGGAGGGGGGUUGA